AUGAUUCAAUGCAGACCAAAACUACUUAGAGUACGUACCGAAGCGACUGUUAUACGACGUUUAGCUGAACAUAUUAUUGUAACAGCAGCUAAAAUUAUUGGUAAUAAUUCAGAUGGAGAUUUUGUUAAUGGUUAUGAAUGGUGUAUUGAACAAGUACGAAAUUCGACUUAUUUAGAAUUAGCUAACGGUCUUGAAAUUCAAAAAGCUAUUGCUUAUUUACGUGAAGAUAAUUUUUCAAAGGCUAUUACGACACUUAAACAAUUCGAAAAAGCUGAAGCAAAAUUAGCUAGUGCAGCUGCAACUAACCUAUCAUUUUUGCACUUUUUGGAAAAAGAUUUAAUUAAUGCACAUAAAUAUGCAGAUUUAGCAUUAAAAUCUGAUAAAUUUAAUCCAGCUUCUUUAACAAACAAAGGUAAUUGUUGUUUUGCUCAAGGUGAUUAUGAUAAAGCACGAUAUUAUUAUGAAGAAGCACUUAAUAUAGAUGCAGGUUGUGUCCAAGCUCUUCAUAAUCUUAUUCUUACUUUAAUGAAUUUAAAUCACUAUCAACGUGUAAAAGAUCUUCUUCAUAAAUAUACAUUAAUUCAACCAGAAAAUACACAAGUGUUUUGUUUAAUGGCUCAAGCAUUACAACAGACAAACGAUUUUGAUCAUGCUAAAAGUUGGUAUUUACAAGCAUUAAGUUCUCAUCGAACAGAUGGACAUUUACAUCGACGAAUCGGUGAAUUAAUUGAUUCUCAAGGUGAUAAAUCAGGUGCAAUACAAUAUUAUUUUGAUGCAUAUCGACAUAGUCCAUGUGAUAUUCAAACAUUAGAAUGGUUAGCAUCUUAUUAUAUUGAAACACAAUAUCCAGAAAAAGCUGUAGAAUUUUGUGCACAAGCAGCUUUAGUCAAACCCAGUGAAAUAAAAUGGCAUUUAAUGGUGGCGUCAUGCCAUCGUCGUUGUGGUGAUUAUGCAGCUGCCAUAGAAAAAUAUAAAUGGAUUCAUCAACAUUUUCCAGAUGAUAUUGAUUGUAUUCAAUUUUUAAUUAAAAUUUCAAUUGAUCUUAGCUUACCUGAACGAGAAAUGUAUGAAAAUGAAUUAAAAAAAGUUAAUAAAAUGAAAGAAAUUCAACUUCAACGUAAAACAAGUGCAGAUAAAAGUCAAAAUAUUGUUAAAGGUCGAAAAAUUUCAUCAGCUGAACGUGAACCUUCUUCUAUCAAUCGUAAUCAAAUUACUGAUGAUCACCGUAAACGUACACCAAUUAAUUUUGAUAAUACUGAAGGCGUUUUUUCUCAGCAAGGACCUAUUACAAUUCAUCCUUAUAUUGAUCAAUUUCCUCAACAAAUGACACACGAACGACCAAAAACUGCUAUUAGCAAAAAAGAAACACAUGCAAUAGUUUUUGAUGACAAUGAUGAUGCAGCUGAACUUUUACCAGAUUAA